AUAUGAAUCUCCGAACACAAAUCAUCCAUAACCAGCACACAGUUCUUAGUGUUUUUGUAUUGGUUUAACUGAGUAGUUGAUAAAAUUGUAUUUAUUACAGCUAUUUUCCUUAGUCCAAUCUAUAGAAAUACGAGAAAGGUCUAUACUAUUGGCGAGGUUAAUAUCUGAUCAUGUGUCGGAUAUUAGCUAUUUUCAUAGCCCUGGUCUGCGUGUACGCAGCUAAUGCCCAGUAUGUGAAGUCAGUCAAAGGUGGUCACCAAGGUGGAUAUUAUCGUGAAUACAAUCCUGGAGCUAAGCUACCGAACUUUCACGGUAACUCAACACAAGGAGGUUUUAGCUCUCAAAACAGAACACAAAUGCACGUCAACUAUGAUAUAGGUGUUUGUUAUAUAGAAGUACCUACUGCCAGUUUAGUCCACAAUCAGGCUCAUAUUCCUGCUGGAAACGGUUCACGCCCAGAACUUAGUCGUAUACGAUCAUGUUGUCAAGGCUACAUAAGAAAUAUCCAUAACUUCUGGAUUUGUGAUCCAGUUUGUACACAGGAGUGUGUGAAUGCUCUAUGCACAGCUCCAGAUACAUGCAGUUGUUUCCCGGAUCACGUGAAAAAUCUCGCGGGUUUCUGCAUCCCAACUUGUCCCAUUGGUUGUCAGAAUGGUCAAUGCGCUGGAGGAGAAUGCUUAUGCAAGGAAGGGUUUGCUUUAGACUCUGAGAGCAAAUAUUGUUUCCCUUCUUGUAAAGAAAGUUGUGGAGGAAUUGGAAAUUGCACCGCACCGAAUACCUGUGACUGUAAGAAAGGGUAUCAUUCAACACCAACUGGAAACUGCAAGCCUGUGUGUGAAAAAUGUGAAAACGGUGAUUGUGUGGCGCCUAAUGAGUGCCGAUGCAAACAUGGGUACGAGAGAAACCCACAAUCUGUUUGCGUGCCUCAAUGCCAUCAGAAUUGUGCACCUAAUGGCAAAUGUGUCGCACCGGGUAAAUGCGAAUACCCUGAAACUACCACCCCAUUAAUAUCGCCGACCUUCCGACCCUCACCUAACAUUCCACUUUAUCCUGGUAAUCAAGUUUACGCUGGUAACAACACCCAACCGGGGAAUUACUCAGGUCCUUAUCCCGGACAACAAUCAGGAUAUCCGGGGCAACCGGGCCAAUCGGGUUAUCCAGGGCAGUCAGGUCAGCCAGGACAAACAGGUUAUCCAGGGCAGUCAGGUCAGUCAGGACAAACUGGAUAUCCAGGACAAGCCGGUCAGCCUGGACAACGAGGAUAUCCAAGCCAACCUGGUCCUAAUGGCCAACCCGGACAGCCCGGAUAUCCUAGCCAAUACCCCGGAUAUCCCAGUCAGUCAGGACACCCUAAUCAACAUCAACCUGAGUCCCAGAGCACUGGCCAAGGCAACCAAGGAUAUGGUAACCAAAACCACGCCUAUCCCCCUAGUUCAGGGCUUUCCGGAAACCAGGUUAACACGGGCGUACAAGGCCAACAAUUGUAUCCUGAUAUUCAGCAGUAUAACCAAGAAUAUGAACCGGAUUGCUUGCAGCCAUGUGUUAAUGGAUUCUGUGUAGAGGGAAAUAGAUGUCAAUGCAACAAAGGCUUCUUACUGGAUAAAAGUGACCCCACCGAGUCGAGAUGCAUACCUCAUUGUGCUGGCGGCUGUCUGAAUGGUGUAUGUUCAGCACCUAACUUCUGUAUUUGCAACAUGGGCUAUUACAAGGAUCACAGUGUCAAAGGAAGGCCACAGUGUGUAAAAAGGAAUAAAAGAUCUGUAGAAGAAACACCAAACAUAGCCAAAUUUCUUGUUUUUGAUUUUCCAGAAAUGAUGUAAUAAAUUUUUAUAAUGAUUUAUGUCCAAAAGUACUGUUGCAUUUUAUCUGAAAUGUAAUUUAUUAUUGAAAUAAAAGAGUCAUGUUUUUUACAAUAUAAUAUAGGAUUGUAUUUAUA